AUGGCCAUCAUUAUUUAUCCUUUUAACAACUGGUUCAUUAUUCUUCAAGCUACUACUCUCAACAUUGAAUUUCGGAGAUCAGAAACAACAAAGGCCGAGUUUGAUUAUGAUGAAGAGGACUCUAAGCUAGUCUUGAACGACACCACUUUAGGAUAUUAUCAUUGUGUAGAUAGGGUGGGAUUUGAUGAUAUGUUCUGUGGGGCUGCUUUGAUUGUCGGGUUGGGCUGGCUGGACACAGUGAAGUUCUUCGACCUCGCUGUUUUUUCGGAGUUUCUUGAAAUGGAUUUUCUUAGGUGUGCAGGCAGGGAUGUUAAGUUCUUGUUAUUGUUAAAAAAAAACCACGAUCGAUUGAUUCUGUCCGAAAGAGAGAAAAAAACUCAAGCUUUCCGGCCUAUCUUCAAACCACGAUCGCGUCCACUCCAGGCCAUCAUUCUUUUUCCUUUUAACAACUGGUUCAUUAAUCUUCAAGCUACUAGUCUCAACAUUGAAUUUCGGAGAUCAGGAACAACAAAGGCCGAGUUUGAUUAUGAUGAAGAGGACCCGAAGCUAGACUUGAACGACGCCACUUUACGGCUGACGCUUCUAGUGCCGUGGGCUCCGAACGAGGUUUUGGUUUCGGGUGGGGUUAUCCCGAGGCUGGCUCACGUGCUCCGAUCGGGCUCACCAAUGGCCCCACAAGCGGCAGCUUGGGCUAUCGUGCGAAUUUGCAGAAGCAGCAGCAGCUCGGUUGAGAUGAAGAAGUUAGUGGGCCAAUCGGGCUGCAUUCCGAAUCUGGUUCGGUUGCUCGAGGAGAAGAGUAACGGGGCUAGAGAAGUCGGGGCCCACGCGAUUUCGUGCCUGAUGAGUGUGUCUUGUAAUUGUCGGGAGGUGAAGAAGGAAGAGAAAAGCAUGCCGAGCCUGGUGGCGCUGUUGGACCCGAGCCAGCAGAACACGGCUAAGAAGUACAAGGUGACUUGCUUUGGAAUGUUGUGCUCGAGCAAGAAGUGUCGGAAGUGGAAGGUCUCGUAUGGGGCGAUUGGGUACCUGAAGAAGUUGAGCGAGAUGAUGUGCCGGGGGCGAAGAAGCUGCUCGAGAGGCUCGAGAGGGGGAGGCUCAAGGGGUUUUUCGGCCGGAAGUGAGGAGGGGUAA